UGCACAUGCGCAGCUCGUCGAGAGACGACCAUUAAACCCGAUGAAGUGUUUCUACGCAUGAACUUAGCUUAGCCAAUUUCACUAAUGAAAACGCCUACUAGUGUGAUCGGGGACUGGAUAAGCAGUUUUCAUAGUGUCUUUGAUGAAAUGCAUGUGGAACUACAGUGCCUGUGUAUCUGUCAGGAGUGGAACUACUGUUGACUACUACAUUUGUAGCACGAGGGGGCGCUGUUUGGGCGUCCAAUAUUUUUCCUAGAGAUUUCCAGUGGGAGUGUUCUUAUGUCAACCCCUCUCCCGCCUGACACCAACGGAUUUCUCCCUAUUCCAUUCAGAUAGUGUGUAGCUAGUAGUAGUAAGAAGAGGGUUACGUUCAUGGUUUCUAACUUUAAAAUCUUCAACAACAAAAAACAUCGCCCGUGAAAACGGCAGGCAUCGGUACCGGUUUUAAUUCUGCGGAGAAAUCACUGCACGCUCGCCGAGGUUCCUUUGCACAGGUGAAACAACCAUUUUCCGCAUUGGUGGAGGAUUGCAUUGGGAUAUCAUCAGCUGAACGGGUCGAUAUUGGUGUGACUGACCCGGUCAGGAGCCUACUGCCCUGAGAGGCUGUCUGGAUCUCUGCCUCCUCCUCUCAGGCUACGUCCCCCACCCCCACCCACCCAGGCCUGCGCUACAGUACCCCGUCCCCCACCCUACCGUGGGACGUUGGAGCAUCAUCCUAGCCUAGCAGUGAGGGAUACUAGACCCUGGAACACGUUAAGCCUGCUAAGUGAUGAGCGAGUUCUGGUUGUGUUUCAACUGCUGUAUUGCAGAGCAGCCCCAGCCGAAGCGACGGAGGCGCAUCGACAGGAGUAUGAUCGGGGAGCCCACUAAUUUUGUCCACACGUCCCACGUGGGAUCGGGAGACAUCUUCAGUGGCAUGAAUUCGGUGAACUCCAUUCAGAACCAAAUGCAGUCAAAGGGUGGAUACGGCGGAGAGGCCAUGCCUGUGAAUGUGCAGCUGCAACUGGUGGACACAAAAGCAGGAUAACAUGGAGGGGCUGCUUCACGGUUCCUUCAUGUUGUUUUUCAUCCUGGUCUCCAUCAUGUCUGCCUUCAAUGACUGCUUCCGUCAUCCUCCCUCCCCCAUAUUGGACUAGGGGAUGAUGUUCGCCUCCUCCCGUCCUUCCGCUCUGUCUGUCCUCCUUUGCUCCUCCCAAUGAGCCCACUAUCGACCCCCCCACCCCCCACCCAACCCCCCCAGCCCUCUCAACUCUCCUCGCGCCACAAAUACAUAGACAGUUUUUGUCACUCCAUUGGAAUGAGGCUGCUCCCCCUCUGCCUGUCUGUCUGUCCAUCCGCCCACCUCCCACGGAGGACGACAGUCUGUCUGUCCAUCCGCCCACCUCCCACGGAGGACGACAGUCAAAAGGACAGCAGCGCUUCAGUUUUAGUGUACCUCACCCUUCCAACUUAAGCCAGACGCAAAAAGCAUGAUCCUCAUCUCUGCAAGUUCAAAGUGUAAAACACUUCUUCUCUUCCAUCAUUAUUUUUUGAUGUGAGAGUUUAUUUUGGGGGAGGGCUGUGGGGUUUUGUCAAUUCAGUGUUUAAAGGUCUGGAACCUACAAGUACAAAAUGUAGAUUUUUGUUUUAUUUUUAUUAUUAACAUAUUUCUUUAUAUGUAUACAGUCGGGGGGGAGAAAGUAUUUGAUCCCCUGCUGAUUUUGUACGUUUGGCCACUUACAAAGAAAUGAUCAGUCUAUAAUUUUAAUAGUAGGUUUAUUUGAACAGUGAGAGACAGAAUAACAU